AUGUUUGCCCUCCUUGCAUCGUCGGCUCUCGCCGUGGUCCUGACCCCGACCAGCGGCGGUUCCUUCACCGACGCUGACGGGGCCGUGUGGAGCCUCAACUCUGCGGGCGACGUCAUCAAGAACGGCCAAGCCGUGCCCGGAGGCAGCGGCACGUCGGCCCUCACUCAGACCACGUGGGCGCAGGACUCGGCCACGGGCGGCUGGUACUACUGGAACGGGCUCGAUCCUAGCCCUGUUCAAGCGACGACCUUUGCUGAUGACUUCAACAGCCUCUCCCUGUACAACUGGAGGAACCCGUCGGCGGGUGGGACGUGGCGGCCGGCCAGCUGGUACUCGCCCAACGACGACGGCUACGCGGUGAACCAGGGGUGGAUGGUGAACCCCUUCAACCCGGCCACGCCCUAUACGUCCCUCUACACCGCGGCCAACGGCGUGGCCAGGCUGGGCAUCCAGAACAACGUCGACUGCGGGUCGGCCUGCGAGAACCAGCCCUAUCUCGGCUCGCAGCUCCUCACCCAGAGCUUCGCCCAGCUCUAUGGCUACUUCGAAGCGCGCAUCGCCACGCCGCAGGUGGCGGGGACGGGCUUCGCCUUCUGGCUGAUGUCGGCGUCGACGUGGCCGCCCGAGAUCGACAUCGUCGAGAUCGUGACCACCAGCACCAGCAGCCCGGCCAUCGCGGCGCAGACGGUGUGGGACGUGACGACGAGCAGCAUCGCGGGUCAGUGCUAUUCGUAUGAGACGUUCCCCAACUACAACGCCACGCAGUUCCAUACCUACGGCGUGGAUUGGACGUCGGCGACGGUCACCUUCUACAUCGACCGCAUCGCGCGGUGCAGUUUCCCCACGCCGACGGGCUACACCGCGCCCAUGUUCCCCAUCCUGUCGUCACAGCAGGGAGGAGACUGGUCAGGCCCAAUUCCGAGCGGCGCCACGCUGGGGCCGAUGCAGGUGGAUUACGUCAAGGUGUGGGCGUCCAAGCCCUUCUAA